AAUUCUGAGCAGUUAUGUUUGUUUGGAACAGAUAGUUUAAUAUAUUUUUACAAAAUUAUCACAUAACAAUUUUAUUUGCCCCAUUGUAUAAUAUAGUACUUUAGAAAAUGCUUUUUUGAUGCACAACCAUGAUAAUUAUUACAUAGAAAUUAUUUCAAAUUACUUAAUAAAAUAUAAAAUAGCUGAAAGGAAGAGAGUAGAGAAAAAGGAAUGUAGCAGCACCUUUAAGACGAUCUAGUUUUUGUUUUAACACAAGAUUUUUCAGAUAUAAUACAAAGGAAUAUUAAGGAAUAUUAAGGCCCCAAGAUGAAAAGCAUAAUUAUGCAGUUGUGGAAGUGGAAAAAAAUAUAAAAAUAUAAAAUAUAUAAAAAAUAUAAAAAAUAUAUAAUAAGACUCCGAAAAAUGGAACGUAUGUCCCUUGUUCUAAAUUUUCAAUGGGCUGGAAAAGGUGAUACAGGUUUUUCAAACCUGUGGUCAAUGUGGUCAAUGUGGAUGUGUGAAAGUAAUAUCUCUGCUUACCAAAAGUCAGUUUCUCCAAGUUCAAAAUGCUAGUUGUGAAGGUUUAUUUUGUGUAGUAGCCAGAACUCUUCUAUUAAUGUAUCCUACACACCACAAAGUAAUUGUUUAUACAUUACUAAUUGAUUGAAAUUUGUGCUUAUAUUUCAAUUCAGCUGUUUUCCUAAUUUUCCUUUACAGUUUCCUUCUUUAAGGACUGUGAUCUGUAAAUCUCUUACUAUAUGUCCAGAAUCAUUUAAAUGUUUUGUAAUUGGUUUUUGAGUACAAGUAUUUCUAUUUCGGAGGCCCUGGUGGCUCAGUGGGUUAAACCGCUGAGCUGCUGAACUUGCUGAUCAAAAGAUUAGUGGUUUGACUCUGAGGAGUGGGGUGAGCUCCCGCUGUUGGCCCCAGUUUCUGCCAACCUAGCAGUUCGAAAACAUGCAAAUGUGGAUAGAAAAAUAGCUGGAAGGUAACGAUGCUCCAUGCAGUCAUGCUGGCCACAUGAGCUUGAAGGUGUCUACGGACAACGCCAGCUUUUGGCUUAGAAAUGGAGAUGAGCACCAGCCCCCAGAGUCAGACACAACUAGACUUCAUGUCAGGGGAAAACUUUUGCUUUUACCUAUUGCUAUUUCUCAUGUCAGAUUUCUAUCCAUUUAUAUAUGUCCUAGAGACUGUCCUGUUUGUCUAAUGUAUCCUACAGUUUUUGUCCAUUCUUGGCAAAAUUGUUGUAGCUCUUUCAGAUUGGAUAAAGACUUUUGGCGAACAGUGGCCUUCAACUCUUGUGUAGAUUUGAGAUCUAUGCUUUAACUCAAAGGUUCUUAAACUUUUUCAGCUACGGAACCCUUUUUGAAGCAAACGUUUCUUGUGGAGCCCCAGAAAUGUUUAUAUAUAUCUAUAUAUAUAAAUGAGUGAUGGCAUCAUGGCAACCCACAAAACAACAAAACUACAGGCCCCCCAACCUUGAAAUUUGACAACACAACCCAUCAUCCACGGCUCCAGUAAGAUACAACACAAUUACAUGACAAACACAAUCACAGGGCCAACAAAAGGCCAAAAACCGCAACAGGCGAUGUGCGCCUGCGCGCACACCUCCCUCUCAUCCCUUCCCGCACGCACACACACAUCAUGCUUACCAAGGAGGCCUCACAAACACCUCGCCUCAGUUCUGGGCCUGGGCUGAAGGAAGGAAGGCAGAUUCCUUGGUGGGCGCGGGAUGCAGGAGGCCGCGCUGGGAGGUGUGCGGGCCUCACGCUGCUCUCUGCCCUCUCCCCCUCAAUCUCCUCCCCUCACUGCGAGGAAGGCCCCACGGAGCCCCCGCCUCACCCUCUGUCCUCCUCCCGGUCUCAGCCUUCCUCCUACCAGGCCCUCUGCAGUGCCGUCUCCACCCUGGCCCGCCUCGGCGACUUCUUGCCGGGUUCUUCUCAGAGGUCUUCAAGGUGAGGGGGGAAGAGGAGGGCAUAGCCCUUGAGCAGGCCUGGACCUCCCCUCGAGUUGUUUUGGGCGCCAGCUCCCACCCUUCCCGGCCUCAGACCCCUUCCUUUUCCCCCUCACCCGGUUAAACGGCUGACGGGGAAAAGGAAAGAGCCUCAGACCAGGAAGGGUGGAAGUUGGUGCCCAAAACAAGUCGAGGGAAGGCCCAAGUUGGCCCAGGCUGAGCUCCCCCCUUUUUUGUUGUUAUUGUUGUUGUUUUCAUCUACAAAUUACAAUCCCUCAAAUGCCUCAGGAGCCCCCCUUUUUUCCCUCUCAACCCCUAUCACCCUCACCUUUCCCUUCCCUGUGAGUAAUAAUUAUUAUUAAUAUAAUAAUAACUGGUCAUCAUUUAAGAAUGUAAUAAUAACCAAUAAUAAUAGUAAUUUAUUAUUAUUAUAACACUGAUAAUCAUUCAAGAACAUAAUAAUAAUUCAUAAUAAGAGUAAGUUAUUAUUAUUAUAACAGUGAUAAUCAUUCAACAAUGUAAUCAUAACUAAUCAUAAAAAGUUAUAACUAUAAUAAACAUUCUAGGCUGUCAUAAUAAUAAUUAUUAUAACAUUGAUAAUCAUUCAACAAUGUAUUAACAAUUCAUAAUAAUAGUACUAUUUUGGUCUUUGUAGUAAGCUCCUACUGUAUUUUUACACACAACUGUUGCAAAAUUUUGGCCAAAGGUCUAUAUUCCAAUUGUUUGGGGAGAGAGGCUAUUGAAUAAGGCUAAAAGGAUAUAAUAGGUUAGACCAGGGGUCCCCAAACUAAGGCCCGGGGGCCAGAUGCAGCCCAUCAAAGCCAUUUAUCCGGCCCCCACAGCACAAGGGCAGAAGGGGGUUGGGCUAAAUUACCCAAGGGGUCUCUUCUUCUCUUACAACCAUUAUUAUUAUUAUUAUUAUUAUUAUUAUUAUUAUUAUCAUUAUCAUUAUUAACAUUGUUUCUGGGUGGCCAUCUGUCAGGGGUGCUUCGUUUGUGCUUUCGGUGCACAAAGGCAGAGGGGGAUUGGACUCAAUGGCCCAAAGGGUCUCUUCCAACCCUCUUUUUGUUGUUGUUAUUAUUAUUAUUAUUAUUAUUAUUUAUUGCUCGGUGGCCAACUAUAGUUUGGCCCUCCAACAGUCCGAAGGAUCGUGAACUGGCCCCCUGUUAAAAAAGUUUGGGGACCCCUGGGUUAGACUGUUUAAUUGACUGGGGGAAAAAGUGUAAAUAAGCCUGCCUAGUUUCUCAACCACUCUCUCUGAGUCCCGAUUUGUGCACUCUGAACCCAUAUCGUUUCCCUCUUUUUCAACUCCUCUGUUACUGAUUUACAUUUUCUGCUUUGUCCUACCAUCCCACUGGAAUCUUUUCCUUCCAUCUUUCUCUUGCCAGUCUCAAAAUAAUUCCGUUCCAUCCUCGACUCAUCAAGCUCCGCCCCCAUUCUAAAGAUAACCCCACUGACAGUUGCUUUAGAAAGAAUGUACUUUCUUCUUUCCAUUUUAUCAUCCCUGUACCCAUCUCAAUUCACAGCCUGCCAACUGCUGAACAGGGCACCCCUCUUCCAUCUCACUCAUAAAGCCAGGAUGAGAGCACUUGGGAUAUUUCUUUGGCCUUUCUGUAAAAAUGGCUAGAAUUUGUUCCUGGCUCUUGGUAGUGUGCCUAAGUAAUAUCUCUAUUGAGACUGUUGGUCAGGCACCUCCUUUGGACCUCAGGUAUGUCUCUUAUGAGGUAACCAUCCCAAAGAAACUCAGACCUAGACAUGAACAAGAAGAAUCUUGGGAUCUCACCUAUUUUUUGCAGAUUAACAGGAAGGGCUACACAGUACAUCUCAGGCGAAAGAGUGGCUUCAUUUUUGAACCUUUCCCCAUCUUCACCUACAGUAUGGAUGGGCAGCUUCAGGUUGACCAUCCUUUCAUCAAGAAUGACUGUUUCUAUCAUGGUUUUAUACAAGGCAAGCCUUCUUCUUUAGUUAUCCUUAACACUUGCUCUGGAGGACUCCGAGGUCUAUUUCAAUUAGAAAACAAAACCUAUGAAAUUGAGCCUGUUCAGGCAUCUGUAGUCUUUCAACAUGUGUUGUAUCAAUUAGAAGAAAAGGAGAACAGUGCCAAAUUGAAAUGUGGUGUAACAGCUGAAAAGAAAAGUCGUCAAGAGGCCAUGAUUCAGAUUACAGAAAAGCUAAUGUUCAAAGUUUCUUCUGGUGGAGGCUGGUGGACACACAUAAGAUAUGCAAAGAUUGCAAUUGUAAUAGAAAAUGAACUAUAUAUUGGGUUUCAAAAGAAUGAAACUCUUGUUGCUCAGCGAGUUCUGGAUGUUAUUCAUGCUGCAAAUUUACUCUAUGCUCCACUUGGUAUUCGCGUGGCCCUGGUAGGCCUAGAGAUAUGGUCAGAAAAGAACUUCAUAACAUUUACUGAUAAUUUAGAAUUUGCACUUGAAGAUUUCAACCACUGGAGAAAAAAUAUCCUUGCACCACGUCUAGGGCAUGAUGCAAGUCAUAUAUUUGUGAAUAAAACAUUUCCAGGAAAAGCUGGAUUGGCAUAUGUUGGAGGCAUUUGUGAUCCUGAGCAUGCAUCUGGUAUAGAAUUAGAUACUGGAUCUAAGGUGUCCUCUUUUGCUUUUGUUUUCAUUCAUGAGUUGGGUCACAACCUUGGCAUGGUUCACGAUAAAAGAUAUUGUACUUGUUAUCUACCAAACUGUAUUAUGGCUGAACAUCACACCCAUGCUUACAGGUUUAGUAACUGUAGUUAUAUUUCUUAUUAUAGGCUUAUGACUUUAGGCAAUACAGAAUGUUUAAGAAUACCACCGGAACAUGAUCAGCUGUUCAGAUUAAAAUCUUGUGGAAACAAGGUAGUGGAGAAUGGAGAACAAUGUGACUGUGGUUCAAAAUUUCAGUGUAAAUCAGAUAAGUGCUGCCAGUCUAAUUGCAUGUUCCGGCCAGGAGGCACUUGUGCUUUUGGACAAUGCUGUGGCAAUUGUAAGUAUCUUCCAGUUGCAACAGUUUGUAGAAAAAGAACUAAUGCCUGUGAUCUUCCCGAGUACUGUAAUGGGACUUCAGAGUGGUGUCCUGAAGAUGUUUAUGUACAAGAUGGUACCCCUUGCAGUGAUGAUGCAUAUUGUUAUCAUGGCAACUGCACUAGUACUCACACCAAACAGUGCAAAAUGAUAUUUGGCAAGGAAGCAACAGUGGCUUCAGAGGACUGCUUCAGAGAAGUGAACAGUCACGGUGAUCGUUUUGGAAACUGCGGCAUUAAUAAUGGCACAGAAUAUAAAGGAUGUAAAAAAGAGAGUGUCCUGUGUGGACGGAUUCAGUGUGAAGAUGUUUAUAGCAUACCUCUUUUGGAGGACCACCACACUAUUGUUCAAACGCACAUUAGCAACAGAGAGUGCUGGGGUACAGACUACCACAGUGGACUAAAAAUAGCUGAUAUUGGAGCUGUGAUUGAUGGCACUCCUUGUGGUAAAGACAUGAUGUGUAUUAGUGGUCAGUGCAUGAAUGUGUCUUUCUUGAACUAUGACUGUUAUGCCUCCAAGUGUCUUAACAGAGGAGUAUGUAACAACCGCAAGCAUUGCCAUUGUGAUUAUGGCUGGUCCCCUCCUGACUGUCUAAAUAAAGGCUAUGGUGGCAGUAUUGACAGUGGCCCUGCUCCACCAAGAAAGAAAAGUAAACCUGGUACCAGGACAAAAAAUAUAAUAGUAGUCAUAUUUGCUAUUUCUGCUGCUUCUUGUUGUGCUGCACUGUGCAUAAACUUUAUAAAUAUACUGAGAUGCCACUUUACAAAACCGGGUCCAAUAAUCCACCCAGCAGAACCAGUACAAGAGAGAACUCAGUCCUCUACAGAAGUUGUCAAUGCAUAGUGUCAAAAAUUUAUACUAGAACUAUUGAACAUGAAGUAUGUUGUUGGAUUAUGCGAAUAUGCAUUUAGAAUGUACAAACUUUUCAUCAUUGUUUUAUGGGAAUUCAUGUCCCACACAUGAAUUUUUGAAAAAGGGUUAAUAACUAUUUCUUUUCUGGCAAGAAAUCUCUAAUGAUGUGCCUUUCAGCAUCCAAAUGUAACAGACAGGUAAUAUUUGUUAUGCUCUCAGGGCAAAUGAUCUUGGCUUUCAGUCAAAAUAGUAGGAGUGACUACAAAGAGAACUGUUGACAGGAUCAUUCACUGUGGUCUAGGAAUAUUUGAUUGUUAGGCAGAAGAACAGCAGAAAGGAGGAAAUCGUGUUUUUUUUGUGUUUAGUUAUGAACCUAAGCAUCCUACCAAGUUGUAUUUGAAAUAGCAUUUAAGAUUCCAGUUCAACCAUGGACUCCCUGAAUGUUGUUGCAUAAUUCAUUUUCUCAGCUUCAGUCCCCCCUGGGCAACAUGUGAAUAACAAUGACACUGAAUGGUUAAAAAUGCAACCACAUAUAUAUUUGCAUAUUGUAUAUUCUGCUUGAUAAAAUUCUCAUUACUUCUGUAUUAUCAAGAUAAUUUAUCCAUUUCAGCUAGAAACCAGUUUUCUACUUUUGGCAAGUACAUAAUCAUCCAUUUGUGGGCAAUGGAUGAGUAUAGAUUAAUAAAUAAAAAUAAUAAAAUUUUAUUGAUUUUAUUUUUAUUCAUUUUAAUGAGAAAAUAAAACAAAAUGAGUAAAAUGAUUAUAAUGGGAAAAUGUAUUAAUUGUAUAAAUUUCUGUGCUUUUGUAUUCUGUUAGAGAGAGAGAUCCCUAUAAUGAAAAAAUUAUUUAUUUUGUAUCAAAAGCACUGCAUAAAUAAGUAUAAACCCAAUAAAAAUAGAGGGAACACAAGCGGUGAAACAAUUUUUGACUAAAAACGGGCAACAGCGACUGCAUUGUCUGUAGCUUCCAACAAUUCUUCCCCUGUACAUGAGGCAGGGCAUUGUGGACAGACAUACAGAUGCUGAGUUGUUUGUUCUACUCCACAGUCACACAAGGUGGAGGAUUCUUCUAGAUAGUGCUAUUUUGACAGGUAGUCUUUUGAUCUGCCCACUUCCAAGUUGCCCAUUUGUGGUUUGCCCCUGGAGGAAGACCCUCAUGGGGGGGUCAUCCAGUUGGGAUUUUCUAGUUUCUGCCCAGAGGGAUACUCUUGCUGUUGCUGGGGGAACGUUAAGAGGAGUGGUGGUUCUCAUUAAGCUUUUCCUUGAUUUGAGUAUACUGGAGGAGGCUGAUAGCCAUGCAGAGGAUGACUUUCACAGUUUUCAACCUUAUUUCUCUCACCGUUAGCAGCAACUUCCCGUCGCACAUGGGAGGGCACAAGUCUGUUCACGUGAAGCAGGUGAACAUCGCAUACUCAGCAAUUGAGUAAGACAAGGCCAGGGCUAGUGUUCUUAUUAAUUUUGGGUCUGCACCCCAUUAGUAAGUUUUCACAGUAUGUUACUGCAUGCAGCUACUUUGUUCUUGGUAUUCAUACAAUGUUUCCUAAGUGUUAGUGUUCGAUCUAAGGUGACACCAAGAUAUUUAGGAUGGAAACAGUGUUUGAGCUCUUGGCCUUCCCAGGUAACUUUCAGUUUCCUCCUGGCUGCAUGUUUACGUAGGUAGAAAGCACACAUUUGUGUCUUGGCAGGGUUAGGCUUCAAGUGGUUGUUUUUGUAGUAGCCAGAGGGAUCUUUAAAGAAAUUAGUAUGUCAUUAUAAUGAAAGUCACCAUUAAUAUUGUGGGUUAUAAAUGAGGCUGAGGCUGUUUUGAAUUUCUUAACAAAAAUUCUCACCCCAAAAAGGUUAUAGGCCAAAGAAAAGUUACUGUCAUUAAUAAAUACACAGACCAAAUCAAGCACCCAUUUGUAUAUAGAUGCCUUUAAUCCCACUCAUCUGCAUAGAGAAACAUUGUAUUUUUGAAUGUAUAAAAACUAAAAAGAACCUGUAUUGUCCAGUUGAUCUAAUACCUUACUUAGAAGCAAUAUGAUUGUGUCUUGAGAAAUAUUUUCUGUUGAGAAAUGUUAGGAAGAAUGUUUUUGUCCCAUCACAUUCACAAUCAAACCUCUGAAUUUAAUUAUUGUGUUCCCUGGUCAACCAUCACUUUCUCCUGGCUCAGCAAUAAAAAGUAACAUGAGAAAAUUAGUCUUGGAAAGUCUAUAAUCUACAUACUGAAUAACUAACUCCCUGUUCCUUUUUUGCUUCCCAUUGUAAAUGCUUUUUCCCUUCAACUGAUAUACACAUUUCAAAACAUUUCUUGACACAGGGUACUAUAAAUUUUAAAACUAAAAACAUCCUGAACAAACCCGUCCUCAUUUAGAUUGAAUGUGAUUAUUCCUUUCCUGUUUCAGCUUGACCUAGCUUGGUAUCUUGAAAUGGCACCCUUAAUUUUGAUUAUGAUUAAACCAAAGGUUCUCAUUUAUAUUGCCAAGUCCUCACCAGGGGACGGCUCCAGUGAGGGUGAGGAUGACCUCCAGCUCAAAGGAUGGUGAAAAACAGCUGCUCCUGUAAAACCAAAGCUCUUGGCAUAAUGGAACACUAUAGUUCUUGACAGAGAUGGCAUGGCCCUAAAAUAGAGCAAGAAGUUGGAUCCCCAUUCAAAGGACUGAUACCAAAUGAAGGCAUGGCCAAGGAGGAGUACUAUUGGUCCUCUGCUGAAGGUGAGAACAUAGAAUCAUAGAAUAGUAGAGUUGGAAGAGCCCUCAUGGGCCAUCCAGUCCAACCCCCUGCAAGAAGCAGGAAAAUCUCAUUCAAAGCACCCCCUACAGAUAGCCAUCCAGCCUCUGCUUAAAAGCCUCCAAGGAAGGAGCCUCCACCACACUCUGGGGCAGAGAGUUCCACUGCCGAACAGCUCUCACAGUGAGGAAGUUCUUCCUGAUGUUCAGGUGGAAGCUCCUUUCCUGUAGUUUGAAGCCAUUGUUCUGUGAUCGAGGUGACCACCCUCCCCCCCAGGACUUUGUAAAAGAUAGUUCAAAAGUCAAGACUUUAUGUUCUGUAUUCCAUAUAUUUAUAGUAGAAGGUGAUUGAGACUUUUUACUGGAGUUUACUGUGGAUUAUCCCUGCACUCUGAGGCAAGAGAUAACAACUUCAUGAAUUAUAAAAUCAUGCUGCUAAAACUCCACUUUUAUGAAUUUCCAUAUUGGGUUCCCCAGAUGUUGUGAACUUCGUUCUUAUCAAAUGUUUUCAAUUGUUUAUAUCAUUCAUGAUUCCCCUUUAUGCAAUGUAACCCACCUUUAUAGAUUCUCCCAUAUUUCCAUGAAAUCUAUCUGUCUGCCUAUAUGUAUUUGUACUCUUUGGGAUCCCUGGAAAAUAUGUAUUUUUCCCAGCAGGGUUUAUAUUUCAACUUUAUUUUAUUUUUCAUUUUAUUUCAUAUAAUUGUCAAGUCAUGGAAUCAAAUAGGGAAUAUUUUGAACUCAACCUGAACCCCAGAACUUAUCUCAUUUCCUAUAACCCAGGCUUCCCUUCCCAAAAACAAAAGGAUAAUCUGCCACAGCUUAACCCAAUCUAAUUCAGAUUGCAUGGACAAUAUAAGGCUUGAGUCCUAAAGGUGAUUCGCCCCCAAGGCAAACAUUGUCAUAUCUCAUCCUAAGGAAAUUCCAGGACACCUCAGGAAGGCGCCCUGUGGAGCCUGUCAAUUUUGGCUCAUCAACACCCAUCACCACUUCCCCCCCUGACACCCCAAGGCAUAUCUAAAAUCUGUAUACGUGACAGGAACCCUUGAUUGCUGUCAUUAAUCCCUUUAGAAAUCGGUCUAGCAGGAAUUAAUAUGAUCUUUCCUGCCCUGUCACUUCAUUGUUUCAAUAACUCCCGCCUUCUCCUCCCUGAUUGGCUCGAGUGGGGACAAAAAGCAGCUCCCUAUUGGGCCAACAGAGCAAGGCGGGAAACGGAAGCCCGCCUCGUUCAACCUCCUAGCCAACCAGCGAUCAGAUGGGCGGGGGAGUGGGGCGGGAAAUUCAAAGGGCUGUCAGACUGAAACUUUGUAUAAAUAUGGCUUUAUUUUGAUAAUAUGGUACCCUAGUAGACUGAAUGAUCACUACUAGAGUCCUUUUCAGCUGAAUCGCUCAAUAAAGACUCCUUGGCGGAAUUUUCCUUCAA